UUUUUUUCUUCUAUGACUUCACACUCAAAUUCUUUAACUUUUCUCAUGCAUGCUGAUUACUCCGUACAAAGCUUCACCCUCUUCAUCAUCUCCUUUUACAAUUAGAAAACCCUUGUAGUAACCCUCAAGUCAGUGUUUCUUGUGAGCAAAAGCUUGCUCAUAUAAAUCAUCAAAACCUGAAUCCAAGAAAAGUUUUUCUCUCCAUGCAAAAAGACAAGGAAAUUGUUGGCAAAGAGGGUAAAGACAUUGAAAUGGAAGAAGACAAGAAGAAGGAAGAAACCCUACCACCUGGUUUUCGGUUUCACCCCACCGAUGAAGAACUCAUUUGUUACUACCUCACAAACAAGAUUUCAGAUUCUGAUUUCACUGCAAAAGCAGUAGCUGUUGUAGAUCUCAACAAAUGUGAGCCAUGGGAUCUUCCUGGAAAGGCAAAAAUGGGAGCAAAAGAAUGGUACUUCUUCAACCUAAGGGAUCGUAAAUAUCCGACAGGUGUGAGAACGAACAGAGCAACGAACACAGGGUACUGGAAAACCACCGGGAAAGACAAAGAGAUCUUGAACAGUGUUACAUCGGAGUUGGUUGGUAUGAAGAAGACUUUGGUUUUCUACAAAGGUAGGGCUCCCAGAGGAGAGAAAACCAACUGGGUCAUGCAUGAAUAUCGCAAUCAUUCAAAAUCCACCUUCAAAAUCACUAAGCAAGAUGAAUGGGUGGUUUGCCGGGUGUUCCGGAAGAGUGGUGGAGCAAAAAAGUUUCCCUCUAAUCCCAACCACACCAGAACACUGAACCCUUAUAGUCUUGAACUUAGCCCUAGCAUGGUGCCACCACCACCAAUGAUGCACCUGGGUGAUCCUUCUGCUCAUUUCAAUUUCCUUUCUGGAUCAAGAAACUACAUCAUCAACCCUUCGGAAAGGCUCUUCAGAGAUGCUGCAUCCACAAGUCUCAAUGUCAUCAACCUCCCUAUAAUGCAACCCCAUUUCAACCAUCCACCACCACCGCCACCACCGGUUGCAGCAGCAGCAGCAGCAGGGUUCACCAUUUCUGGCCUGAAUUUGAACCUGGGAGGAGGAGCAGUUUCCACCACUGCCACCACACAAACACACCUACUUUCUGCUCACACGGUGACCCAAAUGAAUCAUGAUUUCAGUUCCAACAUGGUCACUCCUGCUGCUCACGGUGUAGAGUAUGGUGCAGACAUCACCAAUGCAAAUUCUCAUGCCAAUAGGUUCAUGUCCAUCGAUAACUGCAUGGAUCUAGACACUUACUGGCCUUCCUACUAAAUUCCCACCCAUUAUAUGUUUCAUACAUAUAUAUAUAAAUCUAGUACUCAAACUUUAGUUCGAUCAGCUUAAUGUUUAUGUUUUUUGAAGUGCGCUUUUAUGUCUCUUUCAGGUAAAAAUACUUUGUCACACAAGACUUUGUGUUAUCUGUGCCAAGAUAAAUUACCUUUUUCA